AUGGUCAUCAUGACCCCAGUGAAGAUGAAACCCUUUGCCUUCAUCGUUCUGGCUGCCCUCAGCUUGGCCGUGGUCGAUGGACGUCCCGGUGCCAAUGGCUAUCUGCCACCUCUGCCCCUCAAGGAGGUGUCCGCUGCGCCCAGCUUCCAGCAGGUGGUGCAGCCACAGAUUCAGCAUCAGAUCCAGCAACAGAUCCAGUCGCAGGUCCAUGUUCAGCCGCAAAUUCAGGCCCAUGUGGAGUCCAUCAAGGCCUCUAUCCCACUGGCCAGCUUCACCAUCCACUCCGGCGGACAGCAGCAUUACCAGAGUGCUCCGGCUCCGGUUCCGGUUUCGAUCCCUGCCCCUGCUCCUUCUCCGGUUUCAAUCCCUGCCCCUGUUCCUGCUCCCUUGGAGAUCCCACAGCCAGCUCCACAGGUGAUCUACGAGCCACCCAAGCCCAUUGUGGCCACCCAGACGGCGGUGAGGAACGCCUAUCUGCCACCCACUCCCAUCCAGCAGUUUGUGCCCGCUCCGGAGCCAGUGGUUGAGACUGUUGCACCACAGCAGGAGGCAAUCACUAACACUUAUUCGGCACCUGCUCCUGCUCCUCCACCAGUUCCCAUUGCAGUGCCAGUUCCUGCUAUCCAUGAACAGCAUCAGGUGGUGCACCAGACUUACUCCGUUCCGGCUCCUGCUCCAGUGGUUCAACAAACAUACUCUGCUGCGGCCCCUACCCCAGUGGUUCAGGAACAACACUACAGUGCUCCAGCUCCAGUGGUUCAGGAACAGUUCUACAGUGCUCCGGCUCCUGCGGUUCAGCAGUCUUACUACGCUCCAGUGGCUCAGCAGACUUACACCGCUCCCUCUCCAGUGGUUCAGGAACAGUCUUACUCUGCUCCCGCUCCUGUUGCUCAGCAGACCUACUCCUAUCCAGCUCCAGUGGUUCAGCAGGCUCCUGUCAUUCAGCAAGCCCCAGUGGUUCAGGAAGUGGUUCAACAGGCUCCAGUGGUUCAACAGACUUACAGCGCCCCGGCUCCAGUGGUACAGGAAGUGGUUCAUCAGGCGCCAGUGGUUCAACAGACCUACAGUGCUCCUGCUCCUGUGGCCCAGGAAGUGGUUCAGCAGGCACCAGUCGUUCAACAGACCUACAGCGCUCCUGCUCCAGUGGUACAGGAAGUGGUUCAGCAUGCUCCAGUGGUUCAACAGACCUACAGCGCUCCUGCCCCUGUGGUUCACCAUGCUCCAGUGGUUCAACAGACCUACAGCGCUCCUGCUCCAGUGGUACAGGAAGUGGUUCACCAGGCUCCAGUGGUUCAACAGACCUACAGUGCUCCUGCUCCUGUGGCCCAGGAAGUGGUUCAUCAGGCGCCAGUGGCUCAGCAGACCUACUCCUAUCCAGCUCCAGUGGUUCAGCAGGCUCCUGUCAUUCAGCAAGCCCCAGUGGUUCAGGAAGUGGUUCAGCAGGCUCCAGUGGUUCAACAGACCUACAGUGCUCCUGCUCCUGUGGUCCAGGAAGUGGUUCAUCAGGCGCCAGUGGCUCAGCAAACUUACUCCGCUCCUGCUCCCGUUUCGAUCCCUGAACCGGUUCAGCAGAUUGUGCAGCAGCAGCAAUACAAUGGCUACUCCUACCAGGCUCCUCAGCCCGUGUCCAUUCCUGCUCCAGCUCCGGUUCAGCUGUCUCUUCCUGCUCCUCCUCCCACUCCAGUGCAGCUGCAGCAAUCCUUUGUGCCAGCACCACCCGCCCCCCUUCCCGUCCAGCAGCCAUCCCAACCCAUUGUACAGUACAACCCACCGGCGGUGCAACAGCAGGUGACCUACACCCAGUCCGCUCCCGCUCCUGCUCCAGUUCCAGUUCCAGUUCCCAUCGUUCAGAAGACUGAGAUCGUGUCCGCUCCAGUUCCAGUUCCAGCUCCCGUGGAGAUCGGAACGACCUAUGCCGCCAACGGGGGCUACCUGUACAAGUAGGAUGCCCGUGAACGGACCCCAGCGGAGGUCCGAACUCGCAUCGAGUUGUGGAUCGAACGUUAAUCGCUGAUCGGUUCAUCUGAACUUAGUGUUACGUAGCCAA